AUGGGCUCAGCCAGGAGCACCGCGACCCCGUGCUCGGUCUGCGUCAGGGUAUACAUGGGCGUCACCACCAGCCAGCUCGACGAGCUCGCCGCCGAGACCGCCGCCGCGCUCACGGCCUCCCAGCCUGACUAUGCCUCCGUACGUUCCCUCUUUCGAUCUGUCUCUCCCCUUCCGGUUCGUUCCAUUCCCCCUCAUGGCGCCCGUGUUCGUGUGUCCUGGUCUGACGUAUGUGCGUGUGUGGUUCUUCUGCAGCUCGCGGCAAGGAUUGUUGUGCCCAACCUGCCGCCAAGUGGAAAUAGUCUGUGUGGCGCUUGUAAAUAG